GCUUAUCUCCUCUCGUCUCGUUCACUUCUGGGGCUAUUUAGCGAGGGCGGCGUCGAUGUCGACGACAACGUCUUCCUUCGCUGCUUCCAGGCCUUCCGCCCCCCUUUCCAAAAUCUUCGAUUCGGUGGUCUCCAGAUCGCUAAGUGUCGGAUCUUCCUUCUCGCCCUUCAACUCUCCGUUCCUGAGGCGUCACCUCCUCCGGAUCGGCACGGGCCGGGGCUCUGCGCUUGGAGCUAAGAUGGUGUCGGUUCCUUCAAUCGGUAAAUCCGUUCCCUUUCUGGACUUCGAGACCUCGGUGUUCAAGAAGGAGAAGAUCACCCUUGCUGGCAAUGACGAGUAUAUUGUUCGAGGUGGUAGAGAUCUAUUCCAUUUGUUGCCGGAUGCGUUCAAAGGGAUCAAGCAAAUUGGCGUGCUUGGAUGGGGGUCGCAGGGUCCUGCCCAAGCACAGAAUUUAAGAGAUUCACUUGUUGCAGCGAAUUCAGACAUUGUGGUUAAGAUUGGUCUAAGAAAAGGCUCUGCAUCUUUUGAUGAAGCACGUGCUGCUGGAUUCACUGAAGAAAAUGGAACCUUGGGUGACAUUUGGGAAACAGUUUCUAGCAGUGAUCUUUUAUUGUUGUUGAUUUCUGAUGCUGCACAGGCGGACAAUUAUGAGAAAAUUUUCUCUCACAUGAAACCAAACAGCAUCUUGGGUCUUUCUCAUGGUUUUCUUCUAGGGCAUCUGCAAUCCUUUGGUCUUGAUUUUCCAAAAAACAUCAGUGUGAUUGCAGUAUGCCCCAAGGGCAUGGGCCCAUCAGUGCGAAGACUGUAUGUCCAGGGGAAAGAGAUAAAUGGUGCCGGGAUCAAUUCCAGUUUUGCCGUACACCAGGAUGUUGAUGGAAGGGCUACAGAUGUUGCCCUUGGUUGGUCUGUUGCUCUUGGAUCCCCUUUUACCUUUGCUACCACAUUAGAGCAAGAGUAUAAGAGUGACAUUUUCGGGGAGCGCGGUAUAUUACUUGGUGCUGUGCAUGGAAUUGUGGAGUCUCUAUUCAGAAGGUACACUGAAAAUGGAAUGGAUGAAGAAUUGGCUUACAAAAACACUGUCGAGUGUAUCACAGGAGUCAUAUCAAAGACGAUCUCAACUAAGGGGAUGCUUGCUGUAUACAAUGCCCUCUCCGAUCAAGGGAAGAGAGAGUUCGAUGCUGCAUACAGUGCAUCAUAUUAUCCUUGCAUGGAUAUAUUGUACGAAUGCUACGAGGAUGUUGCCUGUGGAAGUGAAAUUCGCAGUGUUGUUUUAGCUGGUCGACGCUUUUAUGAAAAGGAGGGUCUCCCUGCUUUCCCUAUGGGGAAGAUAGAUCAAACAAGGAUGUGGAAAGUCGGCGAGAGAGUACGUGCUUCUCGUCCUGCGGGUGACUUGGGUCCUUUGUAUCCUUUUACAGCAGGAGUAUAUGUUGCAUUGAUGAUGGCACAGAUCGAGGUCUUGAGGAAGAAGGGCCAUUCCUAUUCUGAAAUUAUCAACGAGAGUGUCAUAGAGUCCGUUGAUUCACUCAACCCCUUUAUGCACGCCCGCGGGGUGUCAUUCAUGGUGGACAACUGUUCCACGACAGCUCGGUUGGGAUCGCGAAAAUGGGCUCCCCGCUUCGACUACAUCCUCACCCAGCAGGCCUUCGUGGAGGUGGAUAAGAACAGCUCUGUCAACCAGGAUCUGCUCAGCAACUUCUUGUCUGAUCCUGUCCAUGCUGCAAUUGACGUUUGUGCCCAGCUGAGGCCGACCGUCGACAUCUCUGUCCCUCCCGAUGCAGAUUUCGUACGCCCAGAAUUGCGUCUGGCGACCAAUUGAAACACAGAGCAGAGCAGUUUCGAUAGCAUGCUACAUUAUAUCUAGGAAAAGAGUCCUGAACUCUCAGAUACAUUUUGUUGCUUGACUUACUCAACUCCGAACUUGUAGCUGUUUUGAAGCGUUUCAGUGGACUGGUCAGUGCCAGUGUCGUCCAAUGAGUGUGUGUGUCUGCAGAUAUUUGCGUUUCUAUAAAUAAAUAAUAAAGUUAUAUUUAUUUA